UAACCAAAACCUGUAAAAUGGCCACCAGUGCUGCUCCCACAUCUCAAACCAGCCCUGCAUCCCUGCCUCCGUCGGUCUUCACGCUCCCCCAGACCGCUCAGCUUGAGGCCCUGUACACAAUCAUCCGCGAUAAAGACACCAGUCGUGGAGAUUUCCUGUUCUAUUCUGACCGAAUCAUACGGCUACUAGUUGAGGAAGGUCUCAACCAUCUCCCUGUCAUACCGAAGACCGUCCAGACACCUACGGGUGCUACAUACGAGGGUGUUGGUUUUGAAGGGAAAAUAUGUGGUGUUUCUAUCCUUAGGGCGGGAGAGGCCAUGGAAGCCGGUUUGCGGGAAGUCUGCCGAAGCGUGCGGAUUGGUAAAAUAUUGAUUCAGAGGGACGAGGAAACAACACUACCAAAGUUAUUUUAUUCCAAGCUCCCGGAAGACAUCGCGUCGCGUUACGUGUUGUUAUUGGAUCCUAUGUUAGCAACUGGCGGAUCGGCUAUGAAAGCCGUCGAAGUCAUUAUCGAACACGGUGUUCCAGAAGAUCGUAUCAUCUUUAUCAACCUGAUUUCUGCUCCUGAAGGACUGAAGACAUUCUGCUCUAAGUAUCCUGCGUUACGCGUGAUUACUGGAUGGAUCGAUAAAGGGCUCAAUGAGAAGGCAUAUAUCAUUCCAGGACUGGGCGAUUUCGGUGAAAGGAGAUACUGCUCAUAAAUCGUGGCGCAUGGGCAUGUAUUACAGUGACAGGUCGCAGUACCAGUGUUCCAUAUUGUACAUAUUAAGUUGUAUACCAGUCAACGUUUUAAGAACGUAC